UGAAAGUGGCGGCGGGAGGAGAGAAGGCUGGGAGGGGGACCGGGCCCGAAGAGCGGCCAGAGCGUCGGAGCCGGGGCCGGAGGCGGCCAGCACGAUGCCCGGGAGAGGCCCGGCGCUGCUCACCGUCUGCUGCCUCCUGGGCCCAGGGUUCCUGGGGACCCCCCGGGGAGGGGCCGAGGCCGGGGAGUCCCUGAGCCGGGUCGGCCAGCUGUACUGCGUCCUGGAGAGGAGGGUCAACUCCCUCGAGACCAUGGAAGAGUCCCUCGUGCGGCAAAACGUGCAGCUAGUGCUGAGGGGCCCGGGGCCCCCCGCACCCCCACCCCCGGGAGACGCCUUCACCUUUGUCCUGCAGGAGAGGGCCCCCGUGCUCCUGCAGUACGUGGACGAGGACGCGGACAAGCUGGAGUGCCGGCUCAGCCGCUACUUCACCGAAAACACGGAGAUCCUGUGGCCGGGCCUGGCCCGUCAUGGGACAUGGCUCCCCAUCUGGUACACUGUCACCAUUAGCCACGCCCAGGCCCGCUUCACCAUCACCACCUUCUGCGUCCAGAUGGUCGAGUCUGGCGGCCAAAAGCCGGUGCACCUCUCAGGGGUCUUCUCCAUGCGCACCCGGGCCUCCCAGAUGCAGACGUCCUUGGCCGGGACCGUCCUGCUGGACUGCGCCUUCGCACUGGACCACGCGGCCUCCGUGGACGUGGCCUGGGUCUUGCGGCAGAAGGGGGGGCGGCGGCGGGAGAUGCUCCGCUACCGCGGGGCAGAGAAGCGGGUGACGCACCUGGACCCCAAGGCGGAGGCCUUCCCGGCCGCCAUCCCCCGAGGCAACGUCUCCCUACUGCUCCGGAACGUGGCCGUCCGCGACCAGGGCACCUACUCUUGCUCCGUGACUGCGGCCGCCCUGCAGGGGGAGGUUAACGUCGAGGUGGCCGUUCUGGAGAGCCCCAAGGUGAAGCUGAACGUGGAGUCGGUGAACCUGGUGGAAGGGGAGGAGCGGAAGCUGGUGUGCGACGUGAGUCGCUAUUACCCCCUGGAGGCGCAAGCACAGUGGCUGCGGCAGCCCCCCGCCGGGAGCCGCCUGCUGCCCAAGGUGGUCGACGGCACCCUGGCCAGCAGCCACCGGCAGAACGGCGACGAGACCUUCAGCUACUCCAGCUACUUCCUGCUCACGGGCUCGCUGCGGGACGACGGGGUGCGCUACACGUGCCACGUGGACCACCUGAGCCUCAAGACCCCCAUCCGCAAAAGCGUCACCGUCAGAGUGACAGCAAAAUCGUGGUCUUGGAUGUGGAUUUUCAUCGGGGCCAUCUUGGUUGCCCUGAGCGGCCUGCUGCUCGGCCUCCUGGUCCACCUGCACAGAGUGAAAAUCAUGGACAAGCGGAAGCCAUAUUAGAACGCAGAAUUGAAUGAGCCACUCUGGGAGAAUGAUACCCCAUCCCGGGGCUGGCAUCCAGCACAAACCACCCAGCAGAGAAAGAGGAAGCAGUACCGGGAGCCCCCAUAGGACGACAGCAUUGAAGAGGCUCCCCCCGCCCCCCGCGUCACCAACUUCCCCUUCACCGUCCGGGCCUCCAAUCCCCCGGGAUCAUCCCCGCAUCCAGUUCUUAACACCGGUGGGAGAGACGAGAAAGCUGCGCGCCCCCCCCCCCCCCCCCCCCGAGACUGCUCCGUCCCCCUCACCAGAGGGGGACACAGCCUGGUGUCGGGAAGCAAACAUGGCCACCUCCUUGGGCCUGCGAUGGCCCUCCUGCCUGCUACAGCAGGGCGGAGGGCAGAAAAUGGUGGGAGGAAGGGUGGGGUCCAUCUGGGAAAUGGACCCUCCCUCAGGCCAGGGACACAAGGUGGGGACAGAGAGGAUGGACUGCCACGAGACAAUCUGCCUUCUGUCCACUCCCCAGCCACAUUGCUCUGCUGGUCAAGGAGAGCAUCAGACCCGGGGCGCAACGACUGGUGACACCCGGCCCCCCUGCUCCAUCUCCUCUGCCUCUCUGCCCAGGCUCCCGUUUCCUUCUAGUCCGGACAGUCUCCGGGACUUUUGGACUCACCCGUUUCUCGAUCCCUGCAAAGGUCUUUGGUACCGACUGCCACAGGCUACCCUCCCUCCGAGCCGCUCCGCUCUCCCCACACGCCGUUAGGAGUGAGCAGCGUCUUAACUGAAGGAUUGGGGUGAAGGGUACGCCGCGGAAGCAAGAAGCCAGCAAAGAAACACCUAGACCAUCCAGUGCACCGUCCAAUCCUGUCACUGCUGGACCAGAAUCCUGUCCAGUAUUGCUCUUCACCUGGCCAGGCCUGAGGGAAGGACGGGAUCUUCCCGCAGAAACUUUUGGAACAUUCUGGAGCUGGCUUUCUCUGCCAAUAGUUGGGAAGCUCUUGUGAGGGCAGAGCAAAGGACGUAGACUAGACUGUAAGCUCCCUGGACGGGGAACGUAUCCACCAACUCUGUUGGUAUUGUACUCUCCCAAGUGCUUAGUACAGUGCUCUGCACACAGAAAAAGCGCUCACUAAAUACCAGUGAUCGAUGUCAGAGUUGUGUCAUCUGCCUGCUUCUCUGAGUCCCGGCCGGAAGAGAUUUUUCGGGCCGUGGAUGUAUUUCUCUCUUCCAAAGCUCCACCUGGGUGGAAAGAAAGCUAAUUACAAUAAUAAUUGGGGUGUGAAGCACUUAUUAUGUGACAAACUCUGUACUAAUCUCCGAGGUAGAUACACUGAGAGCGGACACAGUUCCCGUCGCACACGUGGCUCCAAACAGGUUAAUCUGCUCGUUGUCUUAAUCUGAGGAGCUAUUCUAGGUUAAACCUUAUUUCCCAGCCUUUUCCCAAGACAGGUAUUCAUCAAUCAUUCAAACUUCAGUUGACCUUGAAGGAUUUAAACGGCAAUAGCGGUACUUAUUACCUGGCAAACUCUGCUAAUUUCCUGUUGUGCUCUUUUCCCAUUCGUGUUACAAAUUAAAUCCCAACUUUGAUCAGUC